UCGCUUUGUGGGAUCGUCGUGAGCACUUCUGUUCAACGGAGUUGUGCCUGCCUACGGAUACGGGUUCGGUUCGCGUGGGCCGUGGGAAUCGCUGGUGACAGAAAAUUAAAUAAAGAAACAAAACAUACGUGAGCUGAGCAGAGCUCCGAAGCAAACUGGGAUAGGCCUCGGAGAAGUCAAUGCGCGUUCGUACGUUCAAAUUAUCGUGCAAUAUAGCUGCAUAAUCUGGUCUUUACGGAUUCUAUUUUUUGAAUAAGCCUUCACUCAUCGAGUCGCAGACAGAGGAAAGGAAUUUUGAAGAUGUUACGGAACAUAUACGUGAAAAUGUGAUUUAAAAAUAAAACGGAUGUGAGUACGAUUGGAAUUGGAUUUAUCAUCUCUACAAGGCGCCCUUCAACCGAUAGCAACGGCUGAACACGAAGACUGUCAUUAUCUCCACCAGAACAACAAAAUCAGAAUCGUGCAUGGUAGCGUGUCACUCGCUUAUCAAUCGAGUGUAGUUGAAAGUGUAUUUCGAGCCAAUCAGUGAGAUACUAAAGUGCACAUAAGCGACCGGGCGGAGGGUGCAUUUACGGAAUAUAACUACAAAAUGAUGCCACUUAAGAGUGUAUGAAAAUAAAAGUCAAUGUCGUAGAACCAGUCGAAGAUGAGAAAGCGUCGAAAAAAAUCGUUGAGAAAAUGUGAGCUCGAGUGGUGUUCGGCGGGAAUGUGUAUCGAGUUGAUUUAGAAAAUUUAAUUACGUCAAUUAGCGUGGUGACCGUAUGUGAACUGUCGACCUAUCUGUGCAAGCAAACUAGUAAGAGUCGACUGCGUAUCUUUUCCUCGGGAAAGUGUAUAUGAAUAGUGCAAUGAAGGAUAUGAAACAUGUUUUUGCCAGUUGAAGCGUGUGACCAAAUCGGUCCAAUGUGUUGGCAAUUCAGGGCCAUUUGAAGAAGAUAAUUUUCAGAAGAAAUACAGCGUGAAUCAUUUGCUGUUGAAGUGUUCCCCUGCCAGUAUGGGUUCGACAAAGUUUCAACUCAUCUUUACCGUCAUUCUUGUGUACCAAAUUAACAGUAUUGAUACAAGAAAACACGCUGAGCAGCAUCCAGCUGCUUUUCGUCGGUCGGUUGCCGGUGGUGGUGUUGGUGGUGACGGUGAUGGAAGAGCAACAGCCACUCCCAGCAGUGAUGCGAAUCACUCACAUGCUACUGGAGAAGACAACAGAAGCGCCAUCAGAUCAGAAACUUUGAGUUUGAGUAAACAAGGUGCCAAGAAUAGUUUCACCGGUGAUGAGUCAGCCGGUGUCUGGCCAAGGCUGAGGCGAUCGCUCGGUGGAAGUACUGGCCCGACCGGAUCUCAGAGCUUAUGUAACAAGGAAGGUUGCAGUUGCUUGGAUCAGCCUAUUCUGACCAUCGACUGCGAGGUGCAUGACAGAGAGCUGAAACUAUUCGGACAAUAUCACAUUCCUAAAGAGGCAAAAAGUCUCAACCUGCGACUCGUGCAGCGCCACGCUCGCUUGCUGAUCCAAACCGAACAGUUCGAAAACAGCUUACUGAACCGAGUGCUCAUCAAGGGUAACUUUGCUGGGAACGAUGGCCGCGAGCAUAUAGAGUUUCUGGAUGGUGCGUUCUGCCGCAACAAUGGCACCUAUCCGGAGCUGGAAGUGUACAACAUUCACACGGUGGUGUUUCACAAACAUACGUUUUGUCAGGAAUUCAUGUUGAAUGUUACGAGUUCUAAGGAGGUGAUAAUCAUGCCUGAAGCUUUUUCCGUUCCGGAGAGCGAAAUACUUUUCAAUGGCGUACGAGACAUUCGAAUACAGGAAGAUGCCUUCAGAAAUUCGAUUGCAACAAAGAUCGACAUCGUCAACAGUGCAAUCAAAACACUGUUCGAGCUGAGGGCAUCAUUCCGGCAGAUACAGUUCAUCAACAGCACCAUCGAAGAGAUCUCAACCAAAGCGUUCGAUGUGAAUAAAAUAGACUCAUUGAUAUUCGAAAAUUGCCGGAUAGACGUACUGAAGUCGGAGGCGAUCACCGAGAAGCUUCUUUGUAGAUAUUUCACCAUGAACAACUGCAAAAUCAAGAGGAUCGAAAAAAAUUUCAUUGGCGACAGCGGAAUGAUGAUUUUUAACAUGCAAAAUAAUGUUAUCGACGAAAUUGCAGCCGAAGCCAUCAAGUUCACGGGAAUUUCGAGCAAAGUUGUGAACAACGUGAUCAAAAUGACGGGCAAAAAUUGGUUCUUCCAGAAGCAAGGAUGGACCAGUGUGCAGUUCCUGAAUAACUCGUUCGGAGAGUUCAACUACUUCACCCUGGAGAGGACAUCGUCUCCAGAGGUGUGCAAGUUCCACGGGAAUUCUGUGACGAUCCCUGCCAUCCGCAGUUUCAGCUUCUUCCAGCACAAGGAAUGCUCCCUGAGUGAAAUAUCGUUCAACAAGCUGUGCAACUGCGAUGAACACUGGUUGCAGGAGCUGUACUUCCAAGAUUACGAUAAGCUGCUGAGGGAGAGCUACUGUAGAAUAGAUGAAGCGUUGAGAUACUGCUUCAAUGCCACCACAUUCAAUGUGAAAGUUUAUAUGCAACAGGUCUGUGAUGAAACAACCCGAACCAUAGACUGUUCGCGCAGUCAAAAAGAGAAAAAGGUGGAACCACAUUUUGUCAGUCCGGAUGAAAUUGAAUCACUCCAGUAUAACGAUUAUAUUCAAUACAUUCUUAUCGGGAUUGCUGUUAUCGCUUUGCUGGUGAUCAUAAUUCUGUCCGUUGUUUUCUGCAAAGUGUGCAGUCGGAGACAAACCGACAACUCCGGCGACGUAAUAUCCAACGCCUCCUUCACCAUGACACAUAAGCCAUCCAAAGCAUUUUCUAAGGACGAUAAGAAGAUAAUACACCAAACAUUGGAGACUAUCAAAGAGAAACAACCACCGGAAAUGUAUGAAGCCAUUUUUAUCCAUACGAAGAAACUUCUGGAUGGUAAUUUUACCGAGACUGAGAAAGUGCUGACCAUCGGAGAAAUCGUUCGACUACUGAAUGAAUGCGAGAACAGUGGUGACGAUUUUGUGGCAUUUACCGAUAUUCUGUAUCGUCAUCUCGCCCCGAGCACUAGUCCUACCCCACACGAAACUGUCUACGCUGAACCGACAGCCCCACAGGAUGGUACAACCAUUAUUCAGGGAGCGGGUGCACCCGAUCACAUAUAUGCCGAGUUGACCAGUGCUGCACAGCCGCUACUCAUCAACGAAUACUCUGCGCCGAUGGAUUUGAAUGAUUCACACUACUCGGAACCGGUGCAAAUUGUUGCUAAAGAUAACACCCGAACGCUAAUAACUCCGUACGCCAUAGGAAACAAUAUUGGCGAUACCAUGAUGCAACAGCAACCGGGACCGUCGCGCAAUUUACCGGAUAUCCUCAACUCGAAUGGUGGCAACAGUGCUGGUAGCACAAGUACCACUCCCCCAAAUGCCAUACCCGUUCCAGAGCCGCUCCGGUACAUGGACCGAUCACCAACGAGCAGCAGGGAAAUUCCCGAAUAUACACUGCCCGCGAAAAAAGUGCCCCCGCCAAAACCUGCCCUCCGGCGUGAGCCAACGGUGGAGUCCGACACCGGCUCGUCGACGUCCAGUUCAGACCACUCGGAGCACUCGGGUGGCAGUGAUAUUACCGUUAAAAUAGACGAUAUCGUUGAGUACGCUGAUGCGUAGCAUGAGAAUGAGAAUUCCACGUCCAUUGAGGAAAAAUGUUAUUAUGUAAUUUUAACAAAAAAACGAAACGUCCAAAAAUCGAUUGUUUAACCUGGAAUAGUAAGUUCUCGCAAGGUGAUAUUAAUUUAGUGCAGAAUGUAUUUUAUAGUAUGGCAAUAAGAACAGUAACAAGUCUAGUGGUUUAGUAAAUUAUCGCGAUAGUGGAAUGUGGUGUAAGCAUCAGAAAAUAUUAUUUCAAUAAAAGACUUCGUACUAGCAAAA